GUAAAAACUUUAUGUUCACUCAUUAUGACCCACCUUUCCCAGAUCAGUACUCGGGACGCGACUUGGUUUUAAUCAACAAAUGGAAUGCUCCGAGCGAGUUAAUUGGAAAAUUGGCAAUUGGAAAAUAAGCAAAAAUAGCAGAUAUGGACUCGUUGGUCGAUUCUUGUAAUAGCUGAAGCUGAAAACACUUUUCCCUCUCGCAGUUGGCUUCAAAAUGGUCCCUUCAAUUUAGCUGAAGACGUCAAACAUCACUAAACAUUUUGGCUUUUUCCAAAGCUUCCGUGAAUUCCGUACCCCGUAUUUCUUUACCCUCGUAUUAUACUACAAAAGGAAAUGGUUACAGCUGCGCUGGUCGUUCCAAGCCAAAGUCUCUAGAAUAAAACAUAUAAAUGAAGCAAAUAAGUUAAAACAAACAAAAAUAAUACAUUUCAAAGAAACUAUCAGCCAUGAAGUUCUCAUCGCUUGCACUAUUAUCUUUAGCUCCAUUAGUUUUAGGUAAACAACUCUACGACCUUGAUAGUUUCAAGGCAGAUGGUGGUAAAGUUAUCAAAGUUGAUAAAAGAGAAGAAACCCCAGAACAACCUCUGUUUGCACCACCAAAGAUGGAGCACUCAAACCAGAUUUACAUCCCAGAAGGUGAACAACCUCAAAGUGGGCCAACAUUAUUGACCUCAAGCUUAUCAAUCAUGAAAGAUAUCUCUGUUUUUGCAUCUUAUGUCAGAGAUAAUGUCGAAAUUUCAUCAAGAUUCAAUAAUAAAAAGGAACAAUCUAUUGUUUUUGCUCCAACAGAUGAAGCUAUAGAAUCAUUAUCAUUGAAGCCUUGGCAAUUUCCAACUUCCGUUGAGGAAGAUAGUAAAAGUGAACAAGAAAUAGAUGAGAUAACAAAGUCCAACCUUAAUGAUUUUAUCACUUCGCAUAUUAUUGAUGGUACAAUUCCAUUUAGCUCUUUAGAAGGAGCCGAUAAAGGUGUGCAAUUUGUCAGUAAAAACGGUAAGAACAUCAAAUUGGUAAAUGACAAUGGUGAUUAUUAUGUCACUGCUGUUACUGAUGGUAAAGAUCAAGAAUGGAUCAAAGUUUUAUCAACAACCAAUGCUGAUAAUGGCGCCAUCUUGGUAAUUGGUUCUUCGCUAAGCUUACCAAAAAAUUGA